AUGAGGUUCCUGGCUAUGAGCUCCGGGCAGCUGGCAAAGGGAGCGGACAGUGUGGGUAACGCCAAAGGAGCCAGCACAGACAAUGCCACCGGCAUUCUGGGUGUGGCAGUGAACUGCCAGAACGGGGGAACUCCCAAUGGCACAGAGUGUAUCUGCCCACGCGGCUGGUGGGGCUACAACUGCGAGUGCUACGACCCAGCCAAGGCCUGCCAGAACGGAGGAACGGCCAUUGGUCGCCUCUGUUUCUGUCCCCCGGGGUAUGGCGGGGAGCGCUGCGACUGCAGGGACAGCUGCGAGGCCUGCCAAAACGGAGGAACGCCACCCACCAGCACAGUGACCACCUCCCCCACCUCCACCCCCACCACCACAGGCACGACCUCCUCCACCUCCACCCCCACCCAGACAGCCACCACCUCCUCCACCUCCACCCCCACCACCACAGUGACCACCUCCCCCACCUCCACCCCCACCAGCACAGCCACCACCUCCUCCACCUUCACCCCCACAACCACAGUGACCACCUCCACCCCCACCAGCACAGCGACGACCACCUCCACCUCCACCCCCACCCCCACAGCGACCACCUCCCCAACCUCCACCCCCACCAGCACAGCGACCACCUCCUCUACCUCCACCCCCACCACCACAGUGACCACCUCCUCCACCUCCACCCCCACCAGCACAGCCACCACCUCCUCCACCUCCACCCCCACAACCACAGCCACCACCUCCUCCACCUCCACCCCCACCACCACAGUGACCACCUCCCCCACCUCCACCCCCACCAGCACAGUGACCACCUCCUCCACCACCACCCCCACCAGCACAGUGACCACCACAGCGACCGCCUCCUCCACCUCCACCCCCACCAGCACAAUGACCACCUCCUCCACCUCCACCCCGACCAGCACAGUGACCACCUCCCCCACCUCCACCCCGACCACCACAGUGACCACCUCCCCGACCUCCACCCCCACCCCCACAGCCACCACCUCCCCCACCUCCACCCCCACCCCCACAGCCACCACCUCCUCCACCUCCACCCCGACCCCUACAGCCACCAGCUCCUACACCUCGACCUCCACCCCCACAGCCACCACCUCCUCCACCUCCACCCCAACCAGCACAGUGACCACCUCCCCCACCUCCACCACCUCCAGCACAGUGACCACCUCCCGAACCUCCACCCCCACCAGCACAGUGACCACCAGCUCCACCCCCACCACCACAGCCACCACCUCCUCCACCUCCACCCCCAGCACCACAGCUACCACCUCCUCCAGCCCCACCACCACAGCCACCACCACCCCCACCAGCACAGCGACCACCUCCUCCACCUCCACCCGCACCAGCACAGUGACCACCUCCCCCACCUCCACCCCCACCAGCACAGCCACCACCUCCUUCACCUCCACCCCCACCAGCACAGCCACCACCUCCUCCACCUUCACCCCCACAACCACAGUGACCACCUCCACCCCCACCAGCACAGCGACGACCACCUCCACCUCCACCCCGACCCCCACAGCCACCACCUCCUCCACCUCCACCCCCACCACCACAGCCACCACCUCCUCCACCUCCACCCCCACCAGCACAGUGACCACCUCCCCCACCUCCACCCCCACCAGCACAGCGACGACCUCCUCCACCUCCCCCACCUCCACCCGCACCAGCACAGCCACCACCUCCCCCACCUCCACCCCCACCAGCACAGUGACCACCUCCUCCACCUCCACCCCCACCUCCACAGCCACCACCUCCUCCACCUCCACCCCCACCACCACAGCCACCACCUCCUCCACCUCCACCCCCACCACCAUAGUGACCACCUCCCCCACCUCCACCCCCACCAGCACAGCGAUGACCACCUCCACCUCCACCCAGACCCCCACAGCCACCACCUCCUCCACCUCCACCCCCACCAGCACAGUGACCACCUCCUCCACCUCCACCCCCUCCAGCACAGCCACCACCUCCCCCACCUCCACCCCCACCAGCACAGUGACCACCUCCCCCACCUCCACCCCCACCUCCACAGCCACCACCUCCUCCACCUCCACCCCCACCACCACAGGCAUGACCUCCUCCACCUCCACCCCCACCCAGACAGCCACCACCUCCUCCACCUCCACCCCCACCAGCACAGCCACCACCUCCUCCACCUUCACCCCCACAACCACAAUGACCACCUCCCCCACCUCCACCCCCACCAGCACAGCCACCACCUCCCCCACCUCCACCCCCACCACCACAAUGACCACCUCCUCCACCUCCACCCCAACCAGCACAGUGACCACCUCCCCCACCUCCACCACCUCCAGCACAGUGACCACCUCCCGAACCUCCACCCCCUCCAGCACAGUGACCACCAGCUCCACCCCCAACACCACAGCCACCACCUCCUCCACCUCCACCCCCAGCACCACAGCUACCACCUCCUCCAGCCCCACCACCACAGCCACCACCACCCCCACCAGCACAGCGACCACCUCCUCCACCUCCACCCCCACCACCACGGCCACCACUUCCUCCACCUCCACCCCCACCACCACAGCCACCACCUCCCCCACCUCCACCCCCACCAGCACAGUGACCACCUCCCCCACCUCCACGCCCACCAGUACAGCCACCACCUCCUUCACCUUCACCCCCACCAGCACAGCCACCACUUCCUCCACCUCCACCCCCACCACCACAGCAACCACCUCCUCCACCUCCACCCCCACCACCACAGUGACCACCUCCCCCACCUCCACCCCCACCCCCACAGCCACCACCUCCUCCACCUCCACCCCAACCAGCACAGUGACCACCUCCCCCACCUCCACCACCUCCAGCACAGUGACCACCUCCCGAACCUCCACCCCCUCCAGCACAGUGACCACCAGCUCCACCCCCAACACCACAGCCACCACCUCCUCCACCUCCACCCCCAGCACCACAGCUACCACCUCCUCCAGCCCCACCACCACAGCCACCACCACCCCCACCAGCACAGCGACCACCUCCUCCACCUCCACCCCCACCACCACGGCCACCACUUCCUCCACCUCCACCCCCACCACCACAGCCACCACCUCCCCCACCUCCACCCCCACCAGCACAGUGACCACCUCCCCCACCUCCACGCCCACCAGUACAGCCACCACCUCCUUCACCUUCACCCCCACCAGCACAGCCACCACUUCCUCCACCUCCACCCCCACCACCACAGCAACCACCUCCUCCACCUCCACCCCCACCACCACAGUGACCACCUCCCCCACCUCCACCCCCACCAGCACAGCGACGACCACCUCCACCUCCACCCCCUCCAGCAGAGCCACCACCUCCCCCACCUCCACCCCCACCAGCACAGUGACCACCUCCCCCACCUCCACCCCCACCAGCACAGCCACCACCUCCUCCACCUCCACCCCCACCAGCACGGCCACCACCUCCUCCACCUCCACCCCCACCACAGCCACCACCUCCUCCACCUUCACCCCCACAACCACAAUGACCACCUCCCCCACCUCCACCCCCACCAGCACAGCCACCACCUCCCCCACCUCCACCCCCACCACCACAAUGACCACCUCCUCCACCUCCACCCCAACCAGCACAGUGACCACCUCCCCCACCUCCACCACCUCCAGCACAGUGACCACCUCCCGAACCUCCACCCCCUCCAGCACAGUGACCACCAGCUCCACCCCCAACACCACAGCCACCACCUCCUCCACCUCCACCCCCAGCACCACAGCUACCACCUCCUCCAGCCCCACCACCACAGCCACCACCACCCCCACCAGCACAGCGACCACCUCCUCCACCUCCACCCCCACCACCACGGCCACCACUUCCUCCACCUCCACCCCCACCACCACAGCCACCACCUCCCCCACCUCCACCCCCACCAGCACAGUGACCACCUCCCCCACCUCCACGCCCACCAGUACAGCCACCACCUCCUUCACCUUCACCCCCACCAGCACAGCCACCACUUCCUCCACCUCCACCCCCACCACCACAGCAACCACCUCCUCCACCUCCACCCCCACCACCACAGUGACCACCUCCCCCACCUCCACCCCCACCCCCACAGCCACCACCUCCUCCACCUCCACCCCAACCAGCACAGUGACCACCUCCCCCACCUCCACCACCUCCAGCACAGUGACCACCUCCCGAACCUCCACCCCCUCCAGCACAGUGACCACCAGCUCCACCCCCAACACCACAGCCACCACCUCCUCCACCUCCACCCCCAGCACCACAGCUACCACCUCCUCCAGCCCCACCACCACAGCCACCACCACCCCCACCAGCACAGCGACCACCUCCUCCACCUCCACCCCCACCACCACGGCCACCACUUCCUCCACCUCCACCCCCACCACCACAGCCACCACCUCCCCCACCUCCACCCCCACCAGCACAGUGACCACCUCCCCCACCUCCACGCCCACCAGUACAGCCACCACCUCCUUCACCUUCACCCCCACCAGCACAGCCACCACUUCCUCCACCUCCACCCCCACCACCACAGCAACCACCUCCUCCACCUCCACCCCCACCACCACAGUGACCACCUCCCCCACCUCCACCCCCACCAGCACAGCGACGACCACCUCCACCUCCACCCCCUCCAGCAGAGCCACCACCUCCCCCACCUCCACCCCCACCAGCACAGUGACCACCUCCCCCACCUCCACCCCCACCAGCACAGCCACCACCUCCUCCACCUCCACCCCCACCAGCACGGCCACCACCUCCUCCACCUCCACCCCCACCACCACAGUGACCACCUCCCCCACCUCCACCCCCACCAGCACAGCGACCACCUCCUCCACCUCCCCCACCUCCACCCGCACCAGCACAGCCACCACCUCCUUCACCUCCACCCCCACCACCACAGCCACCACCUCCUCCACCUUCACCCCCCCCACCACAGUGACCACCUCCCCCACCUCCACCCCCACCGCCACAGUGACCACCUCCCCCACCUCCACCCCCACCAGCACAGUGACCACCUCCUUCACCUCCACCCCCACCAGCACAGCGACGACCACCUCCACCUCCACCCCGACCCCCACAGCCACCACCUCCUCCACCUCCACCCCCACCACCACAGCCACCACCUCCUCCACCUCCACCCCCACCAGCACAGCGACGACCUCCUCCACCUCCCCCACCUCCACCCGCACCAGCACAGCCACCACCUCCCCCACCUCCACCCCCACCAGCACAGUGACCACCUCCUCCACCUCCACCCCCACCUCCACAGCCACCACCUCCCCCACCUCCACCCCCACCAGCACAGUGACCACCUCCCCCACCUCCACCCCCACCAGCACAGCCACCACCUCCUCCACCUCCACCCCCACCACCACAGCCACCACCUCCUCCACCUCCACCCCCACCACCAUAGUGACCACCUCCCCCACCUCCACCCCCACCAGCACAGCGACGACCACCUCCACCUCCACCCAGACCCCCACAGCCACCACCUCCUCCACCUCCACCCCCACCAGCACAGUGACCAGCUCC